AAGGCGGGAGGGACGGCCAUUCUUUCCGCCCGCCCGCCCGCCCGUCGUCAGGCGGCGGCCGCGGCCCGCGGGGUCCCGCCGCUUCCCCCCGAGCCGAAAGCCGCAACGGGGACGCGGGUGGCUCCUUGCCGCGGCGCUCGCCCCUGGUGUCCCCGCUCCUCCCAGGAUGCUGGCGGCGUGCGGCAUGCAGCGGUGCCACCAAGAAGCGCUGAAGAAGAAUCGGGUGAUGCUGGCCAAGCAGCUGGUGUUGAAUGUGCUGGUGCAGCACAUGGUGGAGAAGGACAUCAUCACCGCGGAGAUGGUGGAAAUGAUACAGGCCAAGUCUGGGAGCUUUGACCGAAAUGUGGAAUUCCUCAAUUUGCUGCCCAAGAGAGGCCCCAAAGCCUUCUCAGCCUUCUGUGAAGCUCUGCGAGAAACCCAACAACAGCAUCUGGAGGCAGUGAUCCUGAAGACAAUGUCCAACCUGAGCCAUGAGAUUGCAAGGCUUGAACACUGUCAUGAGUCAGAUCUCCCAUACCCUGCCAGAGAGUCCUGUAAUUCAAAGAGAGCCCGUUGGCUUGAACCAAUAGAACAUUCCUUGGAUAAUGGAGAUGGUCCCUCAGUUCCUCCAGUGAAGUAUUGCACUCCUGAAUUUUAUCACAAUCAUCAGCACUUGGCAUACAAGCUGACAUCAGAGCCCCGAGGCUUAGCACUGAUCCUCAGCAAUGUCCGUUUCAGCAGCGAGAGCGACCUGGAAUAUCGCACAGGGGGAGACGUGGACUGUGCUUCCCUGGAGAUGCUUUUCAAGCAUCUCGGGUAUCAAGUCACUGUUUUUUGUGAUCAAACUGCACAGGAGAUGCAGAAUUCAUUGGAGAGAUUCUCCAAGCUACGAGAACAUCGAGAUGUGGAUUCCUGCAUUAUAGCUCUGGCUUCCCAUGGUGUGGAGGGUGGGGUUUAUGGCAGUGAUGGCAAACUGCUAGAGUUGCAGGAGGUUUUCCGGCUCUUUGAUAAUGCAAACUGCCCAAAUCUCCAGAAUAAGCCCAAAAUGUUCUUUAUUCAGGCCUGCCGGGGAGAUGAGGUAGACCGGGGAGUGGAUCAACGAGAUGGCAAAGGAUGGUCAGAUUCUCCAGGCUGUGAGGAAAGUGAUGCGAACAAGGAAGAAAGUCUGAAGCUGCGGCUGCCGACAUGCUCAGAUAUGAUCUGUGGAUACGCUUGCCUGAAAGGCACUGCAGCCAUGCGAAACACCAAGCGUGGGUCCUGGUACGUCGAGGCUCUCACCUCAGUGUUUGCAGAGGACUCCCAACACACUCAUGUGGCUGACAUGCUGGUGAAGGUGAAUAGGCAAAUCAAGCAACGAGAAGGUUAUGCACCAGGCACUGAAUUUCACCGCUGCAAGGAAAUGUCAGAAUAUUGUAGCACACUCUGUCGGGACCUUUACCUGUUUCCUGGCUAUCUACCAGGAAAAUAACCUUGCCAGCUCUGUUUGAAAAGAGACACUGCCAAAGCUGAACUUUGACCAUGGAUAUCUGUUUUCACUCUUACAAGCUGUGACAUAAGAUGUGCAAGCAAGCAGUGCCAGUAUAAUUCUUUGUCUUUUUCAAAAAUCAACUGGCAACUCUCCUUGUAAUCUGACUCAGUUUAGGGUUUAAAAUUCUAAUAUCCCAAUUGGCUCUGUAUGUAUAGAAAGUGAUGGAAAGAAGAUCAGCAUUGGAACUGGAAAGAAGUGGGAACAUCCUUUGGAAGGAGAUGUAAGGACAUUUGUAAACAAAGUGAAUGUGAAAAUGGAAAUGGACUACUAGUACAGUUUUUAAGUUAAGCCUUUCUGAAAGGAAAAUCAGUCAAAAGAUGCUAUUAUGCUUGAACUCUAACGAUUUUAAAUACUUUCUGCAUGAUUCUUCAUACAGGACAGUCGACACCUGUGCACAUUAGAAAAGGGCUCCUUAUGAAGGAGAAUCCUCCCCCUCUCUAAAAUGGAAAGUUAUUGUUCUCAGUAAGUAACACUUUACAUUUUGAUCACUUAAAAGUCUAUUUUUCUACAUGUCUUCCAUAGCCAAAUCAUCAAGAAAACUACAAGAUAUCCCAGAUUAUCAGCAAAACCCAGGCAUAUAUGCCUGGCAUAUAAGUGACCAGACACAUAAAGACACUUAAACAAAUGUGCCUGCAUAAGAGACUCCAGAAAUAGUUUUGAAUUUAGAAAUUCUAGAUUAACUCCCCUUGGUCCCAAGAGUGAGAAACUGCAUGGACUAUUCCUUUUGAGGAAUUUGUUUGCCAUAGUACUUGCGUGUCACAAUAGACAUUCAGUCCACCAACUUCUCAGGAGUCUAUAAAUUGCACUGUACAACUGAAGCCCUGAAACUACAGUCUUGUACAAGAGGAUCUUUUUUCUUUUUAAUUAACAAAAAUAUUCAAGGCAGCUCUUCACAGUCUAAGCGUGUUGCUUGGAGUAUUUAUCACUGCAGUUUUCUUCCCUUUUAAAUGAGAGGGAAGAGUUUUACAUGAUUAUCCAGUUCUGUGAGUUUUUUUUCUUAAUCCAUGAUCAUUUAAGAGCGUAAUCUGUCACUUCUUUUGGAAAUUCCUGCCACAGUCUUAUCGUGUUGUAAUUUGUGUCCUGCUGUGUCCAACUGCAGUUUCUCCCACUCCAUAGGAUGUGGGAGAUGAGCAUUGUUCUCUUUUUGUGGUAGACCCUAAAUCCUGAGAUACUGGAUUACAUACGGACUACAGGUAGCUCACUUCAGUCCAUUUUGUAGCACUAAGUUGGCAGAGUUCCUGGCUUUUUUUAAAUGUAAGUAUAGUUUUUAAAGUAUAUAGUUUUUAAAGUAUAUUUUUCAGGAUAGAAUUAUGAAUAGGAAGCACAAAGAUAUAUGGAGGGAGGCUGGAAAACUAGGCAUGUGCUCUUUCUAUUAUUCUGCCUAGGAAAUGAAGGCUGUGUUUCCUCCAGCUGGCAGAGGUGCAGCAUUAACAUGUAUCCUGCAUUUAUCCUACACACAAUGUGAUGAACAGAACAAGAAUCAUACUUGCCAAUUGGUGCCUUACUCUGAAGUCUAAUAUACCAGUUUAGGGGCUCCUGUACCUCCCUGGAGUAUAAACACUCUUCCUGAGCGCUCCCUUUAUGAAAUGGUGCAAUAUUUUACAGAUAGGUUUAUUGAUGAAGCAGUCCAUUCUGAUGGAUUAAAUUUCUGUAGGAUUGCAUCAAGUUGCAUAAUCACUGCCACUUUUGUAUAUCUUUUUGUAUAAUUGUAUUUUACUGCCUUGAGGUGUCAAAAUAAAGAAUUUUUGUUUGA